CUAGGGUCUAGGCGUAUUUUUUUUUUAUCACUCCCAGUCCCUUUCCUGUCCAACUUGGCACACUUGAGUAAGAUAGCGUGACAUACAUGUACCGUAGACGAGGGAGUAGAUGAUUGCAUUUUCGUUCAAGCUGUGGAGAACAUCCAGGGCUGUGUUAAGGAUUGCUGAAAUAAGUCGUCAUUUCGGUGGAUGUUCAACUAUGUUACGCAAAGAAGAUGUCGCGGCGAUGAGAAUGGACUACAAAAUGCCUGUCGGUUUUGACGAGUCUGGCCUCGUGGCAAGGGAACCGUUCAUGCAGUUUGAUGCUUGGUUCAGAGAAGCCACGAAGGCUUACAAUGUCGGAGAAGCUAAUGCUAUGAUUCUUUCAACCUGUGGAAGUGACUGCCGACCAACAUCAAGGGUUGUGUUGCUGAAGGGUUAUGAUAAAACAGGAUUCACAUUUUUCACCAAUUAUAACAGCAAAAAAGGAGAACAAUUGAAAGAAAACCCAUACGCCAGCUUGUUGUUUUACUGGCAUCCCUUACACAGACAGAUAAAAAUUGAGGGAAGAGUGGAAAAGCUGCCCGCUAAAGAAAGUGAGGAGUACUUCCAUUCUCGUCCUCGAGGAAGUCAAAUAGGAGCUAUUGUUAGUGCCCAGAGCUCAGUCAUUGCAAGCAGAGAGGUUUUGGAAACAAAGGAGAAUGAACUGAAAGAAGAAUAUGCUGAUGAACAGAAACUAAUUCCUAAGCCAGAACACUGGGGUGGUUUUAAAGUAAUUCCAGACAAAGUGGAGUUCUGGCAAGGACAAUCCAGCAGGCUUCAUGACAGAAUUUUGUUUCGUAAACCAGAGGCAGAUGAGGUCAUUGAUGAGAAUUUAACAAAGAAAGGGGUGGAUGGUUGGGUCUAUGAAAGGCUUGCACCAUAAGCGUACAAAAACAAAACAUUAUUUGAUAAACUGGAUGCUUAACAUGUACAACAGUGAAUUGGUCUUAAUUCACUUAGCAUCAUGCUCCAUAGUUUGAAGUGUUUAUUAUUUUUUGUGCUAUAAUUUAUUGUCCAGCAUCAUUGGCAAUGCUGUUGGCAGUACUUAGCAUUCUUCCAGGCUGUAGUUCAGUUAAUCUGAUCUAUUGUAUUUAGUCAUUUCUUUAAGUCUCUAUAAAUGCAUAUUUUUAUUUAUUAAUUAACUUAUUGAUAGCUCAAACCCUGUAAUUGACAAAGAUGGAUAAGUAUCAUCAAAACUAAAAUGACCAGACUUUUUGAGGAACUCAGCUCCAAAACAGAGUUGUAGAAAACUGUCAAUAAUUAUCAUACUACUAUCACAGUUUAACACUGAAACAAGAAGGAAAAAAGGUUUUAAACUUUUAUUUGCAAUGAAUGUUAAAAAAACAUCUCAAGACAUUUCAGCAACAAAAAAAAAAAAACAGCUUUAAAUUUCAGUGAGCUGGACAGUACAACUAAUGAAUGACCAAUCAUGCUGCACACAGUCAUGUAUUCUGUACACUAGGCAACAGGGAACCCACACGGUUAUUUAUGAAAUUUGCCUCGAUCGUUUCUACCUCUGUUGUCUGGGUGCUGUCACGCUGUUCUCAUUGCAUUCAAACUGUUAAUAAAUUAAUAACCAAUGGUGAAAUGGGAGACGCAAGACACACGACAGCGUGACAGCACCCAGACAAUAGAGGUAGUUACGAUCAAAGCGACAUUGCAGCAACCAUAUUUUUUAAUGGAGAUCAAAAGAAAGUACAUGUAUUGAAUCACACAAUGCUAACAAGACGACAAUGGGCAAGUUUAUUCUACUCCUCUAUUUCUGUUUUAGAUUGCAUACAGUUCACAAAUAAGUGUGUAGGUCCCCUAUGACUAGGCUCUAAAUUAUAAGGGGAAAUAAGGGG